AAAUGUUUUUUGUGCAGGUAAAACACGUUCAAGUCAACCCGUAGUAAAAAGCAUUAUUGGGCCGGUUAACGCAUGAACCAUAUCUCUGUGUAGCCCAAUUCCCCAACCCUAAUCCCUGUCCGUGUAUUACUCCGUAUUAUAAGAUGGCUUCACGAACUCUCCCGCUGUUCCGGCCUCCUUCCGACCAGCUCCUUUCAGGUUUCACGGCCUCUACUAUAUAUACAUACUUGGAGCGCAUCGGCUCUGCCGAGCUCUGAGUAACGCGAAGCAAAGAUGGGUAUCUCUCGUGAUUCUAUGCACAAGAGGCGUGAAACUGGUGGAAAGAAGAAGGCAUGGAGGAAGAAGCGAAAGUAUGAGCUUGGGCGUCAGCCGGCAAACACAAAGAUCUCAAGCAACAAAACUGUCCGACGGGUCCGUGUCCGUGGUGGAAAUGUGAAAUGGAGAGCCCUGAGAUUGGACACAGGGAACUAUUCUUGGGGAAGUGAGGCGGUUACACGGAAAACCCGUAUCCUGGAUGUGGUUUACAAUGCCUCGAACAACGAGCUUGUCCGAACACAGACAUUGGUGAAGAGUGCAAUUGUUCAAGUUGAUGCUGCCCCCUUUAAGCAGUGGUAUCUCCAGCACUAUGGUGUUGACAUCGGCAGGAAGAAGAAGGCAGCUGCUAAGAAAGAAACUACCGAGGAGGCUGGGGAAGGAGCUGCUGGUGUUGAAGAAACAAAGAAAAGUAAACAUGUCUUGAGGAAACUUGAGACCCGUCAAAAGGACAGGAAACUUGAUCCUCACCUUGAAGAGCAAUUUGGUUCAGGCAGGCUCAUGGCGUGCAUUUCCUCUCGUCCGGGUCAAUGUGGCCGAGCUGACGGGUACAUUUUGGAGGGCAAAGAGCUUGAAUUUUACAUGAAGAAACUUCAGAGGAAGAAGGGCAAGGCAGCUGGCGCUGCUGCUUAAUUCAUGCGUUUAUAAUUUUGAAGUCCAUUUGUUCUUGCCAUUAUGUGAACUCUACAAAGGUUUUUGGACAUCUAUUUUUCUUGACAUAUGUUUUUUUGCCUUUUGUUUGAUCUAAUAUGGAGACUUUCUUUUAAAGAUCGAAGUACUAGUAUGCUUAUUAACCAAAGCACUAGGGAUGUCUGUGGUUUUGGUGGUUUGAUUUUCACCCGAAACUAAAAUCAUAAUGCAAGGUAAGUUAUUGGAUU